ACAGAGAACAUUUGUUUAUUCUGAAAUGAACUUUCUUAAUACUUCCGUUAUAUAAGGCGGGAUAUGACAAUGUUGCGUAGAUCCCUUUGUUUGACCUCACGCUAACAGUGACGUCACAGGGAAAUAGAAACACGAAUUGACUUGGCGAAGGCAGGUGCUCGUUUGCCUUGUUUUGACAUCUUUGUUGUUUAGAAACAUGGACCAAUUCAGGGGAGAUUCAGACGAUGAUGACACCGGAGCUGGGACUGAACACGAACCCGAAGUGGUCACUGCCAUACUAUAUUUGAAGGAAUAUGCAGCUACGAAAGGCCAUAGUGUACACAGCAUUUCUCAAAUGCCGCCAGAACAAUUAGCUGAUUACCUGAAAGAUUUCUAUACGACAGUGAAAUUCAAGGGUAUUGAAGUUAAGGAUCUUGUCAAUACCCCGGUAGUGUCAUUAAAAUACCUUCGAAGCGGUUUGCACAGGUAUUUCCAAAAACAUUACGAUGUCGAUAUUUUGAAAGACGUGUGUUUUGAGCAUGCAAACAAAGUGUUUGAUGUUACCUCACGUGCGACGCCAAGGCGCUGUAAUAAAUUCAGGAUCGAAUUUGAAGAUUUGAGGAAAAUUUACAUGGGACCUGGAAUGAACUUGGACCAGCCCGACACAUUACAAAACAAAAUUUUCUUUGAUAUAAACCUUUACAUUUGUAACAGAGGGAAAGAUUUUCUCCGUGUUAUGGCAAAAGACGAUUUUGUCAUCUCCAGUGAUGCUGACGGCCGGCGCUAUGUUUGGCUGAAGUAUCACCCGAAGUUCAGCGCCCGGGAGCUGAUGGCCAUGGGCGGUGUCGCUGAUCAUGAUCUCGGCAACGACGGUACCCAAAUAGGGGACAAAAUGUAUGAAAGGAAAGGUGAUCCUAGAUGUCCCGUUGCUUCAUUCCUGGCCUACCUGUCCCACCUCCACCCAAUGACUGAAGCAUUCUGGCAACGUCCGAAGCGAAGUUUUGUGUAUGAUGACUAUGUUUGGUAUGACAACACUCCUCUGGGGAACAGCACACUGAGCAGGUUAAUGACACGUAUCUGUCAGUCUGCAGGUCUGUUUGAAAACUUCACCAACCAUGCUAUUAAAAGUUCCUACAUACCCAUCAUUGAAAGUCUAUGCAAAAUGGCUACAAAGAAGACUGUCCAUCCAGAGUUUAAAGAUACUGGGUCAGUUGCUUCUCCCUUGGCGACCUGCAGUCAGGGGCUUCGAGACUUUGAUGAUGGCAUGACAGAUUCUGGAUCAGUGUGUUCUGAUGCUAAGGAGACUGAACCGGAUGAACACACACUUGGUCUACAACAGGCCAAGUUAAAAGUCCUGGAGAUGGUGAACGGAUUAGAAGUGAGGGACAUUCGGUCAUUUGUCGAUUGGAUGAAAACUUUUCGUGCCGAGGUGGAUGGAGGAGGUCUGGUGGUGUUGUGUAGCCCUGUAGGUCAGACUGUACCAGAAAGUGACUUGAAGACUGGAAGUAGCCUUUCAAAGGGAAAUAACUCUUCGAAGAUAUCCAAUGGUAAUGGUAUCACGACUGGGUCUCCUUCUAGCACCCCUCCCGUCCACAGACAGAGAGAACCUUCCCCAGCUCCACUCUCAACCAGCAGGGUUGGUGUUUGUCGAACAUCCAAGGAUGGCAAACAGGAGGCUGUGGGAGCAAGUGAUUUAGGCAUUGCCAUAAAACAGCUUGACUUUGAAUGUGUCCGAGAAACGUACGUCUCCACACCAGAAAUAUACCCUGUCAAAGUGACUAUUCCUUGUUCAGACACAGUUUUGCUGAACGGUCUGCGUGACAGUGAUCAGAUUCUCAUUCACAACAGGGAAAGUGCACCCCUCUCAUCUGAAUCGGUGCACUCACGCAUAUUUUAUUCUGAACAUGAAAUGGACAUUGCUGUUAUCACUGCACUACUUAGCACUCGUAACAGCCUUAAAAAAGGUGUUCACAAUUCUUCAACGGGAUGUGACAAGUCAGAAAAUUGUUCUAAAAUUCAAGAUAAAUAUAAGCCUAUGAAAAAGAGAAGCCUGUCCGAACUACAUGCAGAAGGUCCUAGAGAAGAUUAUGAACGUCCUCCGAACAAAAAACAAUUGGUCACUAGCAGUCAAGCAACAGCUAGCUUGCCCAUAUCCCGAGUAGCUGUCACCACCAGCUUUUCUCCAGUGUCAGUGGUUUCCAACAUCCCGGUAUUACAUAAACACACUGCAAGAGGAAUAGGGAUUUCACAGACACAGCAGGACACCAGGUCCCUGUUAACAAACAAAAUAACCAGCAACAUCAAAAUCAAGACAGAGCCCAUUGAUAAAUAACUGUUGAUCAUUUGUUGUUUUGUAUUCAUAUUAUAUGUUGUAUUGAUUGAUACUGAAAUACAUGUUGUUAAUAAAACAGGUAAAAAAACUCAAA